CUCCGUUAUAAAGACAUGAGCCAGAUCCAACGUUCUAAAACUCGUAAGCCUCCCAAGGUGAUAAAGAUCCAGGAAUUGCAACCAAAAGAGGAAUACAAAGAUGAAUCAUACCUAAAGCCUUUUGGAGCAGGCACUGAAAAGGAUAACUCUUUCACAAUACUUAAUGGAACUCUAACCUCUAUCCAUACGAUUCCUUCAGGUAAAUUUCCUGAAGUAAAGGAAGGUAAUGACUCACUGAUUCUGAGCGAUGAUGAAGAAGUAAAGAACUUAUCAAAAGACCACACCAGCAUGAAACAGACAGAUAUUGAAGAAGUCAUGGAAUUUGUAGAUAUCCUCUGGGAGUCUAAGGAUAACCCAGAUCAGGCCAAAGUUGUCCUCCAGGCUUUCAAGUAAAUAUCAAACAGAUGAAGAAAAUAAGCAGGAGAAUGAUAGCGGCAAUAUUCUAGAAGAACUAGACCUUGAAUCUCAGUCUGAUACCUCAGUUAACAAGAUCUUAAAGCAGUCUAACAAAUUUGCAGAAGAACUUGAAAUGAAAAUGGAUAAAAUGGAAGAUAUCAUUGAGCUAAAGAAGCAACAACAGCUGGAGAAAAAUCUCGAAGACGCAUCCUUAUUAAAGUCAAUUGAAAUGAUCGAGAAGUUCAAAAUAAUCGAUGGAGAAGAUCCAGAGUUUUCCUUAAAAGAAACCCAAGCAAGGCCUGAAGUAAAUCUUAAAAUAGAAAAUGAGCUCUGUGAUAUGAUUGUUGAGUUUGAUCUAGACCUUCUUAUUGAAUUUCCUCCAUCCGAACUGAAUGUCCAGAUGGAAGAGUGCCAUAAUCUAAAUGAAGAAAUCCAAACAUUGCUCGUUCAAAGAACUAUAAACUCAGUUAAAGGUGCAAGAGUCAAGACAUUAUCAAAAAGAGCAGAUUUACUUCUAUCUCAAUUCCUACAAAAUUUGCUGGAUCAGAGACUAAAUUUACCUCUGAAAAUAGGAAUUUCGCUAGAUUCAUUAGAAUUGCGGGAAUCCUUUGCCUCUAUCAUCACCAAUCUUCACAAUGUGUUUUAUAUGGACAGUCGGAAGAUAAAUAGUUUUUAUUUAAACAUCAUUGAAAACAAUUUGUUCGGAGAUCAAUUCCAGCCAAUAGAUUUCAUGAAAUUUCUGAAGACUGAUUACCUGAGAGGCAAAAACUUAGCUAGCGAUUUCUGCUCAACUAUAUUUUUCGCAAUGUUUCAAGAUUCACAUUGAUAUAAUUAUGCUAAUGAUAUGCUUGUGAAGGGGGUUUAUAAGUCAAAGAAUCAUAGAAUUCAGAAUAUACUCACUAAUAAAAGUUCAGUGCCAAUGAAAAUGAAGGUAUUUGUCAGUCAAUGUUACAUCAAACUAAAAUCCCUAGUGAAAUCAAAUGAUUUCAACAAUACUUACUCAGAAAAUGAAACUGAGUUUAGAAUAUAUCUUCUUCUGUUCUUUAUCCUAUUGCAUACCUUCUGGAUUCCAUACUCUAAGAAAUGAAAUAAAGAUUGAUACGGAGUGUUUCGAAAGCUAUCAGAGAUUUUUCAAGCUGUACCAGCUUCAAGUCUUCUUCUUGACAACAAUAUCAGAGCUACAAUGCUGUUUAUCAGGAACAUAUUAAUAACUGAAAAAUCAGAAAUCCCUCCAUUUGCUCCAAAGUAUCCGAGAAAUGAACAAUAUUCCUCAAUUUUCUCUUUAUCUCUCGAACAGAUUUAUGCUCUGCAUCUGUCUGCAAAGGCUUAUUACAAACAAAGAUAUGUGCAUCAGAGGCAUGAUCCCAGAUAUGGCAUUGGAGAUCAUAAGAAAGAACUCAUCAAAGAAAUAUUAUACCAAAUGUCCACCGAGCCUGACCUUGAUUUCGCUUUCCUAAGCCAUGAUAACUACAAUAGUGAAGAAAUGAAGCAGAUGAAGAGGAAAAAGAAACUGUUCUGUGAAAAUGAUGUUGCUAUUUUAAGCAUUGAGAUGGAGAAUAACUUUGAUCCUUCUCAAUAUAUCACUCUCUCAAAAAGGACUCACAAACAUAUGAAUUUGCUUGAUAAAUGGAUAGAGUACACAAAGAAAAAGGAUAAGAACACGCCUCUUGAUACUUUAAUCAAAGUAUCAGAUGCUCUUCAAGCUGUGAGGGAAAUUAGAGAAAGUGGGCCUCGGAUCAAGAAGUACACCAAGCAUGUCCAAGAAACCAAGAUUUCCAAGAUAAGUCUUGAAAAUCUCUUAAAGACUCUUGAAAGUAAAUAA